GACAUCAAACCCUUCAGAUAGAACCAUGGACAACAGAGUUCUUCUGCUGCUCACUCUCUGCACCUGCAUGGCACUGGCUCAGAACAUGGCUGUGAGCCAACGAUGCACCUGUCGCAGAGUACGCGAGAAGUUUGUGGCACCAAAACAAAUUAUGGACAUCCAAAUCCUCCCUCCUUCCCAUUCCUGUGACAAACUGGAGAUUGUGGUGAGUCUUAAAAAUGGUCUUCAGUACUGCUUGAAUCCAAAGGCUGAGAAUAUGCAGAAGAUUUUCAGAUCCAUUGUUGAAAUGAAGAAAAAAAUGACACCAGCUCCAAGGCCCAGCACAACCACUUCCUCCAGUGCCAGUGAUGAGUGAAGCAAGCACAGACCCUGAUGAGACCACUUGUAUUUCCUGAACAACCUGCUUAAAGAUGCAAUAAAUGUUAUUUUAAUUUUAGUAUGCUAACAGAAAUCAAGCACUGUGCUUAUUUGUGUAUGUUUCAGUAUAUUUCUCCUUACCUAUUUGAAAACAAAUGUUAGGAAAAGAUGUUCUAAAGAAAAGGUUGUUCGCAGCAAAAACAAAAUAAACAUGUUUACAUGUGA